UGUGAGGGGGUGGUUGUGAGUUCUCGUCUUUGGGUCCUAGCGAAAGUUAGGGUUAUAGGUCAUAGUUCUUGUCAAGUCGGUUGGUAGGGUCACUCACCUCCGUUUUCACGCCGUCUGUACGAAGGGAUUGGAGAGUGGCGCAAGUCCCACCACCUUACCCCCUCCUUCCUGGUAUCCGAAAUCUCCACAGCGAAAGUUUCUUCCCUCUUUAACGGUCGUCUGUUGGACGCCACCUUUGUGCCUGGUACUCCGCUGGGCUCUCGGGUGGGGUGAGGGGAUUCAGAGAUGAAGGAACUCACCAUCGAGAGGUGGAGACAAUUCCAAUGCUCAGUAGACCUGUUUGGAGAGCUGUAGGAUCACAGAGAAAGUAGUAAUUAACUCAGGGAAGCCCUACGGAGGAGCCACCCAAAGGGAGAGGUGUACGAAGGAGCAUGGCAUGCGUGGCAAGGAGGACCCAGCCUAGAUGCCCACUUGGGGGGCCGGAAGCACCGGCACCUGGUAGAACUACGAGCUGCCCGAAAGGCCCAGGGACUUCGAAGUGUGUUUGUCAGUGGCUUUCCCCGGGAUGUGGAUUCUGCUCAGCUCACUCAGUACUUCCAGGCAUUUGGACCCGUGGCCAGUGUCGUCAUGGACAAGGACAAGGGAGUGUUUGCUAUCGUGGAGAUGGGGGACAUCGGGACCCGGGAAGCUGUCUUGUCACAGCCCCAGCACAGCCUGGGAGGACAUCGCCUGCGGGUCCGGCCACGGGAGCAGAAAGAGUUCCAGAGCCCAGCCUCCAAAUCCCCCAAAGGAGUGGCCCCUGACAGUCACCAGCUGGCCAAAGCACUAGCUGAGGCCCCAGAUGUGGGGGCACAAAUGGUGAAACUCGUGGGGCUGAGGGAGUUGUCUGAGGCUGAGCGCCAGCUACGGAGCCUCGUGGUGGCCCUGAUGCAGGAGGUCUUCACAGAGUUCUUCCCCGGCUGUGUGGUCCAUCCUUUUGGCUCUUCCAUAAACAGUUUUGAUGUCCAUGGCUGUGAUCUUGACCUCUUCCUGGAUCUGGGUGACUUGGAAGAGUCCCAGCCAGCCCCAAAGGCCCCAGAGUCUCCAUCUUUGGACUCGGCCCUUGCAUCACCACUGGAUCCUCAAGCCCUGGCCUGUACCCCGGCUUCCCCCCCAGACUCACAGCCUCCUUCUCCCCAAGAGUCAGAAGCCCUGGAUUAUGAAACUCCUUCCUCUUCCCUGGCACCCCAGACUCCGGACUCUGCUUUGGCCUCUGAGACCCUUGCCUCUCCCCAGUCCCUGCCUCCAGCCUCACCACUGCAGGAGGACCGAGGAGAGGGGGACCUGGGGAAGGCCCUGGAACUAGCAGAGGCCCUGAGCGGGGAGAAAACAGAGGGGGUAGCCAUGCUGGAGUUAGUGGGAUCCAUUCUUCGGGGCUGUGUCCCUGGAGUGUAUCGAGUCCAAACUGUGCCCUCUGCCCGACGCCCUGUGGUCAAGUUUUGCCAUCGGCCUUCAGGUCUUCACGGUGACGUCUCCCUCAGUAACCGGCUGGCCCUGCAUAACUCUCGCUUCCUGAGUCUCUGCUCUGAGCUGGAUGGGCGAGUUCGGCCCCUCGUGUACACCCUCCGCUGCUGGGCUCAAGGUCGAGGGCUGUCAGGAAGUGGUCCCCUCCUCAGUAACUACGCCCUGACCUUGCUCGUGGUCUAUUUCCUUCAGACCAGGGACCCUCCUGUGUUGCCCACUGUGUCCCAGCUCACCCAGAAAGCAGGUGAGGGUGAGCAGGUGGAGGUUGAUGGCUGGGACUGUAGUUUCCCCAGGGAUGCCUCAAGACUGGAGCCCAGCACCAAUAAGGAGCCCCUCAGUUCUCUGCUAGCCCAGUUCUUCUCCUGCGUCUCUUGUUGGGAUCUUCGUGGCUCACUGCUGUCCCUGCGGGAGGGUCAGGCACUGCCUGUGGCAGGGGGCCUGCUCUCUAAUCGCUGGGAGGGUCUGCGCCUUGGCCCCAUGAAUCUCCAGGACCCCUUUGACCUGAGUCACAAUGUGGCAGCCAACGUGACCAGCCGGGUAGCUGGGCGGCUACAGAACUGCUGCCGAGCGGCAGCCAGUUACUGCCGGAGCCUCCAGUACCAGCGGCGUUCCUGCCGGGGUCGGGACUGGGGGCUGCUCCCCCUUCUGCAGCCCAGCUCCCCUAGUUCCUUGCUGUCUGCAACACCCAUCCCCUUACCCCCUGCUCCCUUCACCCAGCUCACCGCUGCCCUGGCCCAGGUGUUAAGGGAAGCACUGGGGUGCCAUAUAGAACAGGGAACCAAGAGACUGCGGUCAGACAGAGGGGGACCUGAGGAGUCUCCUCAGGGAGGGACAAGCAAAAGGUUGAAACUAGAUGGACAGGAAAAAAGCUGUGAGGAAGGGCAGGAGGAGCAGCAGGGGUGUAUCGGGGACCACAGUGAAGACGGGGUGGAGGAAAUGGUUGUAGAGGUUGGAGAGACGGUGCAGGACUGGGUGCAGAGCCCCGGGCGGCCAGGGGAGCCACCCCAGACGCCAGGAAAGCAGCUAGCCCCUGGUGAAGAGGUGCAGCCGGGCCCUGCAGCACUGGCAGAGCAGGGGCCCAAAGGACCCGAGGCAGCCCGAGAAGGGUCCCGAGGUGAGACAGGGAAGGGCGUGGGGCUCCCCUCAGUGAGCUGGCGCUGUGCCCUGUGGCACCGAGUGUGGCAGGGGCGGCGGCGGGCCCGGCGACGCUUGCAGCAGCAGACCAAGGGGACACGUGCAGGCGGCGCUGGCACCGCGGAGUGGCUGGCAGUUGAGGCUCAGGUCACCCAGGAGCUGGGAGCACUGAGCAGUGCUGCACAGCGGCCCGAGGCUGAGCCGCUCCUCACCUUUGUGGCAUCUGCCUCCCAGGCUGACCAGACUCUCACCGUGACCCCAAUCCAGGAUUCUCAAGGCCUCUUCCCUGACCUCCAUCAUUUCUUACAGGUUUUCCUCCCUCAAGCACUUCGGAACCUCCUCGAGUGAAGACAGGGACCCUAAGGGGCAAUAAAGCUGCUAGUUUAAU